CUUAUUAUUUCUCUCCAUAUAUAUCACAUAUAUUAUUUUCUCUCAAUAAUAAUAAUAAUGGACUUCAAUAAUUUUGGUCCUCCAGGAAUUAAAUUUCAUCCCAAUGAUCAAGAAAUUAUUGAAUUUUAUGUUUCAAACAAAAAUUUCAACACUCAUCUUCUUCAACCCAAUCUCAUUCCAGAUGUGAUGAAUUUGUAUGAUUUUCAUCCUCAACAACUUACUGAUCAAUACUCACCGAUGAAUGAAAAUGAGUGGUAUUUUUACUACGAAAAAGAUUCAUCUUUCUUGUCACAAAAUAAUAAGAGAUCGAAUCGAGAAGGUAAAAAUGGAACUUGGCUUGGAGAUCCGAAAAAGCCAAUUUUGAAUCACCAAAAUAUCGAGAUUGGUUUUAAAAGGAGUUUGGAAUUUGUUGAGUCAGAUGAAAAACUAACUCAAUGGAAUAUGAUUGAGUAUCAUUUACUUGAAUCUAAUAAUAUACAGCAAUGCAAUUGGAUGUUAUGCAAGAUAUAUAAAACGAAAUCAAGAGAAAUGAAGACAUUUACAAAUGAGGAUAAAGAAUCGAACACAAAACGACAAAAAUUAGUACAAGAAGAACCAACUCUCGAGUCAGAAUUAAAUCUUUAUUGUAAUUCUUUCGAAGAUGUUGAAGUAGGGCAAGAAUCACUACCAAAUUCAUCAACAGAAUUAAAGAAGGAUGAUGAGUUCGAAACCAUAUUUGCCAAGUUCGAAAACUUGUUUAGAAUUAAUUAAAUGUUUCUUUCUAUUAUUGAUAGAUACAUGUCGUCUUUUCGAAAAUACGAACUUAAGACAUGUCGUUUUUCAUUAAUGACAUGUCGUUACCGAAUAUUGUUAGUCAUAAUUAGUGUCAAAUCUCAUUACAAUCUUAAAACUCAUUUGAAGCAAUUUAGAUUGUAAUAAAAAUUAUUAGUACUUAAAUGAAACAGAGUUAAUUUUGCCUAAAUUUAUUAUUUUCCUAGUUAGAGAUAUGAUAGUAUGAAUAUGUUCAUUUUGUUCCAUUAUUUGUAUAAUGUUCAUUUUGUUCCAUUAUAAGAAAAAAUUUAUGUUUUGUAUAAAUAGUGAUAAAACUUUAAAA